AUUAGUGCAAUAUACCACAAUCACACACAAAAACUAUAAGUUAUGGAACAUCUUUGUAUAGGUGGAGCUUAGCCUCAAGAAUGAUUUGCUGUCGGUGAAAGAUGCAAGUAUCGUUUCCCUUACGGCAGAAUUGAAGAGUUUAACAACUCAAACUGGGCAGAAGUUAUCUAUCUCUGAUGAUGUAUUAUGGGAAAUUGAACGGCAGCAGAUCAAGUUGGGGUGCAUGAAAGCCGUGUGGCAUUAUGGAGAGGUGUGGGAAGGACUUUGGAACCAGCAACCAAUUGUUGUCAGAACGGGUGCCAUGGAAGCAGAGAAAAAGCUUCUGGCUCAAGCAAAUGUCAUGAAAAAGUUAAACCACAACAACCUGGUCCAGUUGUACGGACUAUGCACGAAGAAAGAGCCUAUUUUGAUCAUCACGGAACUGCUUAGAUUCGGUUGUCUGUCGGACUACCUUCGAGGAGAGGGCCGUGUUCUAAAGGUACCUGCACUCAUCAACAUGGCUACCCAAAUUGCCAGUGGUUUGGCCUACAUCGAGGGAAAAGGCUACAUUCACCUCAUCUGGCAUCCAGGAAAGUUUUUGUUGGGGAGGACAGUGUGUGUAAGGUUGCAGUUCUUGGUGAUGUUGUUACUGUUACUUGCUAACAAUGAAAACGGCAUGUAUGUCGCAACUGACGCGUUUUUAUUUUUACCUAAAUGGACAGCUCACGAUGCCUGCUAUGACCACUGUUUCUCUAUAAGUCAGUGUGUGGUCGUUCGAUUCUUCUUUACGAGUAAUUACCUACGGUCAAUUACCAUACCCUUGUAUGAAACAACGAGGAAGUUCUGAAAAAAGUCAUCACUGGGCUACCGCAUGCCCCCGCCCGUCUGGUUGUUCUAAUUGGGAACUCCAUGAUAUAAUGCUUGACUGCUGGAACGACAACCGGAGAUGCGACCCUCCUUCGAGAAACUCCAAAACAGCUUGAGGUAGUUUCUGGUGUAGAACCUAAUAAAUUUGUAAUUGUGUAUAGAGAGCCUUU